GUAACUGAACAGCAAUGCAAGGAUAGGGGUUGUAUAUGGGACAUACCGCAUACCGGGGCAAAUGGUGUUCCCAUAUGUUAUCUGGACAUCAAACAAGUGGGAUAUCAAAUGACCGGUGCUUUCAAAAAGACUGAUGAGGGCCAGGAGGUUGACCUACAGCUUAAAGAGACGGCUAAAAAGACCCUGAAGUCUAUGCCGUCGAUCGAGAUGCUAAAGUUUAGCGUAAAAUAUAUGACCGAAAAUAUUGUGAGGUUUACGAUAAGGGACGCCAAUAAUAAGCGAUAUGAAGUACCGGUGCAACAGAUGUUCAAUCUCAUGGAUAAAGUGGAAAGGGAUGAGUCAAAGCGCCGGUAUUCGGUAGAUGUCGGUACAGACGCUAAGGACUUCCAUUUCGACACAUCCAUAGGUGGACUGGUAUUCGCUGACCAGUUCCUACAAAUAGCUACUAAUCUAGGUAAUUUCAACGAGUACGGUGUUCAUCCAUUCUAUACGGUACUCGAGUCGGACGGUAAAGCUCACGGAGUACUGUUCCUCAACAGCAACGCCAUGGACUACACAUUUUUGCCCGAACCCGCCUUAUCUAUUAAAUCCAUGGGCGGAGUCCUUGACUUUUUCGUGUUUUUGGGCGAUAAUCCCGAACACGUGAUACAGUUGUAUACGUCGGUCAUUGGGAGGUCAACGAUGCCUCCCUUCUGGGGCCUCGGGUACCAACUGUGCCGAUACGGCUGGAAAGACACCCAAAGUGUCAAAGAGGUUAUCGACAGAAAUCUUAAAGAGAAAGUACCCUUGGACGUCAUGUAUGCGGACAUCGACUACAUGGAUAAGUUUGAAGAUUUUACAUACGAUCAUGGUGCUUUCGCCGGACUCCCGGAGCUGUUCAAAAGUACCAUUACCAAUAACAAUUUUCAUUGGACAGUCAUAUUAGACCCGAUCAUCGAGGCCAACAACCCUAAGUACCAGUCCUUUAUCGAUGGUUACAAAGACGACGUGUUUGUCAAAUGGUCCAAAAGCGUGGCCGUAAAGGACAGGCAUAACCCCGCGGACGUGCCCACCGAUAAGGAUACGUAUUACGGGAGAAUGUGGCCACAUGGCCCUGCUGCAUUUCCUGAUUAUUUCAAAAAUAUAACGGACUUAUGGUGGCGGAAACAAAUUAAGGACUUCCAUGCUGCGUUACCUUUUGAUGCACUUUGGAUUGAUAUGAAUGACCCGUCAAAUUUCGAUGAUAAAUGUCCAAAUAAUACUCUCGAUUACCCACCAAUCAGAUCAGAUUCACUGUCCAACACGAAACAGUUAUCGUGGGGGUCUAUAUGCAUGACUACUACCCAUGGCCAGGAUGAACAGUAUCGACACUACGACGUCCACGACCUAUACGCCUUAUACGAGGCGAUUAGUACCCAAAAGGCAAUACAUGAGACUACUGGUAAAAGGGGGUUUGUUUUAUCGCGUACUACGUAUGUCUCAUCGGGCAGAUACACUGGGCAUUGGUUGGGCGAUAAUUACGCUACCUGGCCUAUGAUACACCAUUCAGUGGUGGGCAUGUUAGAGUUCAACAUGUUUGGCGUUAAUUAUGUGGGCUCCGACAUCUGUGGGUUCAACGAUAACACGACACCCCAAUUGUGCCGCCGGUGGCACCAAUUGGGGGCGUUUUACCCCUUCGCCAGAAACCACAACGAAAAGUCUGCUAUAGAUCAGGACCCGGCUGUUUGGAUCGGUCGUGGGCACCCGGAGGUUACUGAGGCCGCCCGAAACUCCCUGCGGCUCCGGUACCAACUCAUACAUUACUUAUACACACUGUUCUACCGGUCCCAAGCGUUUGGCGAUACAGUCGCCCGACCCCUACAUCACGAGUGGCCCCGGGAUGUCGUCACACAUGAUAUCGACACCCAAUUCCUGUGGGGCCGGGAUGUGCUCAUAUCGCCCUUCCUGUUUUAG